AUGCAGGCAUAUGCGGAGGUGAAAGCCAAAGAUCGUCGAGCCCUGAAUCCUGUAAGUCUCGCCUGUGCUCGAGCGAGCCCUUUUAUAGAUAUCCCCCAGUUUCCGGAAGACCUGGGGACAGAUAUUCUUUCGGAAGGCUUACAGAAACUUAACACGGGAAUCAUCAUGGAAGCCUUCAUCUUCCCGACAGCACCCACAUUGCUUGCACUUCUAGCUGGGAUUGCUUUCCUAUAUCGGUUCUGGCCACAUAGUUCAACUCCAGCCCCUAAGCUAUUGAAUCCUGAGAAAUCUGUGACCCUUGGUCCAACUCCAGAUGUCACAGAAGAUGAGAAUCGUGGAGUCUCCAAAGAAUCAGAUUUCCCAGCAGGCUGGUGGGUGAGCAAGGAUGUUUUCGAGCUCGAAAAGCGUGCAAUCUUUAACCUGGCUGUGUCUCUCUCAUCGCAAUCGCUUUGCGAAGACGGGAAGGUGAGAGCUUUCCACAACGUCUGUCGUCAUAGAGCGUACACCGUCACGAAGAAAGAAUGUGGAUCCUCUGCAGUGCUUGGUUGUCGAUAUCAUGGCUGGAGUUAUAACACCUACGGCGAGCUUACCAAGGCUCCUCAUUUCGAUGAUAUUCCAGGCUUUGACAGAUCACAGAACAGCCUCUUCGCCAUUCAUACGGUUACGAACGGACUGGGGUUUGUAUUCAUUAACCUUGAGGCUAGCCCAAGAACCCCGUCGGCCGACACAAGCCUUUUGGACGCCUUUGCGAGCAACAAUAGACUGGACUCUCAGUCCAUAUGGGUAGCAGGGCAAACCAUCAAGGUAGAUCUCAAUUGGAAAAUGACCUUCAGGCAGCAGCAAUUGAUCGACAUCCUCAGACUAGAGAAUGAGAUUGAGCAGCAGAGCAAUAUACCCCAAGUGACCAGUAUUUUGGACUAUGUUCGGGCGAAAUCAGAGCACUUUUCGCUCUUCCCCUUUACCUCCUUCUACUCAAUGAAGAGGACUGGAUGGUGGUGUGCGCUGAGCUUCUUACCAGUAUCUGAACAGAAGACGGCAAUCCGAUACGACCUGUACUGCUCGAAGAUUGAUAGUUCUCGUUCACGGGUAGUUGCGGAUAAAUUGGCUGAACUUUUGGAGGAGAAAGCCCGGGAACUAGAAACAGAGUACCAAGAGUCAUUCGUAUCUGCGCCCCCAAGCCUUCACAGUGAAGAGAUAGAAUUUCAGAAGAAUAUUCUCGACUGCCUCGAAGCUCAUAUCAAGCUGGAAAAAGCGCAGGGGGUCGAAGUGUUUCCAGCGAUGAGAAAGCCAAGGGAGAAUUCCAGGUUUCAGCAAGCCGAACAACUCUGCAAGGAACUCGACUGUAAGAGCGAGCUCAUAGGAAAAGAUCUCGCAUGGUAA